AAUUCCCCGAAACAAUCAAUUUCCUCUCCUCUCCUCUCCUCUUUCUCUCUCUCUCUCUCUCUCUCUCGGGGAGGAAAAAUCGUUACCCAAAACCUCGUCGUCCCCGAGAUCGAUCCUUCUCCUUCUGCUUUUUGCCUUCCCUGGGUCGGUUUUCUAGGGUUCCGAUCGAACCACAGGCGUCGUCCUGUAAGUCGUCGAACGAUGGAUUGGGGCAACGUCACGACGGAGGAUCUGAUCGACGCCCUCCGAGAGGUGGACUGGUCCUCGCCGCCCCGCCCUGUCUCCGAGUUCUUCUCCCGCUUCACCCUCCCCCGAUCCUACUCGAAAUGGAACAGCCGCCUCAAGUGCAACCUGUACUACUACCGCACAAAUUACUUCCUUUUGAUCAUCUUCGUCCUAGGGUUGGGAUUUCUUAGGAAACCUCUUGCAAUUAUUGCUGCUUUUCUGACAGGCCUAAGCAUUGCUUUCCUAAAUGAUAGCUUUGCAGUUUGUUUCAAUGAGAAAGUGACAAGGACUGUUAGGCAGUUCUCUCCACAUCUGGCUGCAAAGUUGAGGCCACCUAUGACGCCUGUUCUUCGUGCACGGUCAUCUGCAAAAAGGGCAAUUCAUAUAUGUGGAUGUCGUCGCUGGGUGUUUGUCUUAAUAUUCUCAGCAGCUAGUUGCAUCCUCUGGUUGACCUCCUGCAACCUCCUCACAAUUCUUUGGGCACUUGUCAUUGGACUACUUGCAAUACUGCUUCAUGCAAGCUUCCGAACACCUAAUUUAAAAGCACGUCUUAACACAUUCCGCGAGGAGUUCCGUGCAGUAUGGCGCAAUUAUAGUGAGCUGUAACCAGUCUUGUGGAGAUUAGUUCAUGGUUUGGCAAUCAAAGUAGUGGAAGUCAUCUUUCUUUGAUGGAUGAUAGUAUGCUGAAACUUGUAAGAUUUUAAUGCCUUCGUUUCUCUCGAAUCUUUUCAGAUCCCACUAAUGAAAGAAUUCUAGAUAUGUAAACAGUAAUCUAUCUUCAUUAUAAUGUACCUCAUUGUUUGAAUUUGUAUUAUUUAAAUGAAGUCUCUUUCAAACGCUGAGAUGA